CUUUGACAGGUCAGCCCACUUAAGAGUCCAGGCGUUUCUAUCCGGUCCACCCCCGGAUCUGCACUAGUACAAGAUAGGCUAGAGCGCAAGGCAAUACCCGAUAACGAUAACGAUAGGAUCAUCCUUCGACCCUCUUCUCCAUGGAUCCCGUCGGGGCUCCCCUCUAUCUCCCCGAAACCCAGCCAGAAGUAUAAUCAACGAGACUACAGAGUACUCGAGAGUUUCCUUUCCAAAACCCCACGGCACAAUGGUGUCGUCGGCGCCCCUGAAGAAGCUGGACGAGCUUCCAGACGAGAUCCUGCUGCGUGUUCUUUCCUUCCUAGAGCCUUACGACUUCCCCGGCCUGCAGCUCGUAUGCCGAAAGCUCCAGAAGAUAUCCCUCGACAACAAUCACUGGCGAUCGAGGACCUUUGACGGGUCGCCAUUUUCAGAGGCUUUACAAAGACGGCGGCGCAUCACUUCCUUUGGCGACGACGACAUCAUUGACUACCCUCUCUUCAGCACCGGUGCCGUACAACUGAGCCAGGAAGAAGAUGGUGACACAGAACCGGACCCCCUCUUCUACGAUGAGGAAACACAGGAGCAGCGCAAGCUGCAGCGGUACAAGGACAUGGCGAAUUGGGAUCCUUCGUUUCCGACAGAGCCGGUCUUUUGGUACAACGAGUACAUACAACGCUAUGCGCCGAUUGCGACAAGUUGGCUGCAGCAGCCCAAAAUCCGAGACGGAACCGAGGAGGACACGCUGGAUGUCCGAGGAAUGGCUCUAUACAGUCCAAGCCGAGAAACCGACGAAUUGCUCGUGGUGUCGCCAUUGGAUGACGGCUCCAUGUGCUUGUGGGACGUGAAGGGUACCAGGGGUCAAAAGGGCGCCACAGUCGCGAAGAGCUCGGCGGGUAUUCUAUAUCUCGAUGGACCCCAGACAAUGGGAAGAUCACGCAAGAUCGAUACCGGAGUGACAGAAUGCAUUAGCGUCGACAGCUUCUCCGACAAAGCCUUUGUCGCAGUACAGGGUCACUUGCUAGAGGUGGAUCUCAACCGCCUCGAGGUCGUCGGCGAACAAACAUUCGAAUGGUCCAUCACAGCCCUAUCUUCCGCCGCUCCUGGCUUGCCCUUGACUGUAGGAACCUCUCUUGGAAUCCAUCUCUACGACUAUAGGGCGCGAGUCAGGUCGCCGAGUGAGAUCAUCGACAGGAUAGACGUGUUAGCGGUCGACUCGCCAAGUGGGUUCUUCCAACGCAGGCGAAGCAGCGUUUUCGACGAUCCGCUACCACCGUAUGCUCCUUUGUCACAACCCACGCCUUUGAGCAUCUUGCACCUGCCGAAUAGUUGCGACGAGUACUCCUUCUCGGACGAUAUCUAUGUUGCAGGGCGCUUCUCCAACAUCCUUCACUACGAUAGACGCAUAUUCCCCUCAAUCAUGGGGUCCAUUCACUCGGGAGCUCGAUUGGCUAGUCUCGCGUCUCUGCCGUACCCAUUCUCCACACUCGACAGUGAGACACGUCGUAGGAGCGACUUGUCCGUUGAACAAGUUAUGGAGUCGAAGACAAGGGAAGGAGGCCGGACUCUAAUCGCCGGUGGUGAGUACAACACCAAGGGUUCAUUGGAGUUGUACGGCUUGUGCCCACGGCCAGGAGGUUCGUCUGCAGAUCUCAUGCAGAAUUCCACCAUGAAGAACCGGCAGACGUCGUCUCAAUCCAAGAUCCUCUCCGUCGCCAACCAGGGUACUCGCAUCGUGUUCUCGGAUGGCUCUGGUCUUUUGAAGUGGUUUGAGCGCGAUGGCUUCACUGAAGUGAGACGGCAUAAGAUCGGACACAGCGAGGUGGAUGAGCGUCCAUCUCUUUUUGCCUCUAUGCCUGGUUCCGAUGAUCUCGCGAGAAAGAUCCUGUCGACGCAAACGCGUGGCGGACAAGACAAUGUCAACGAUGAUGACAUACUGUUCUGGACAGGCGAGAAGCUAGGUCUCGUUAGUUUCUCCGGCAAGCCUGGGUUUACUGCCAGCGACUUUGAGCAACCAGAGCCUAAAUCGGAGGAAGAGGCAAAGUUAGAAGAGGCCGAGAAAGAGUAUGGCGAGAGGAUGAGGAUGGCCCUGGAACGACAGGCGAACGACGUUCGCUUCGUGCAAGGCCUAGGAUUGGGGUUAAUGGGGUAAUGGUAAGCAAUGUAAGAUGACACGGAUGGCGAACGUUUCCAUGACUGGCACUGGGGUUAUGGGUUAAUGAGGAUCCAUGAUGAGAUCCAUUGUGAUACGCCAUUACGGCCUGACGAUACAGAUAUGUAGAGUGGAAUCAAGAGAUUUUAUCCAAGAUGCUGUGCAACGCUCAACCCACCGAGACGCAAAGUAGACUUUACUGUGAGAAAUGCGUGGGUGGACAGCGUGCAAAGCGACUAAGCCGACAUCGGGGCGGAUCGUCAAGAUUUCCACGAGGCAGUAGAGAAGGUAGUCGAGUUGAUGGCGGCUAGAAAACUCUAAGCGUGAAAAAAACACUUCAGCGCAACAAGCGCUGUCUGGGACGAACCAUGUCCAGGCUUUAAAUUGACCUUAUGCAUUGUAGACUCCAAGUCUUCAAGAUGGCGGGCACACGGGAAGACUUAUCUUCAGGCAGGUUAUGAAC